AACCAGCUACGAUACUCACUUCAGUUACAAACCUCAACGACCAUGCCCUUCAGUGCUGUCAUCCGACCUGCAGUUAUCAGGCCUUUGUCCGUUGUCCGGAUUAGUCCCAUCUCACGGGCUUGCUAUCACAAUACCCCAAAAUCUAGUUAUACAAACGGAGCCCCUUCCAUCUACGUUGCCGCCACAUUCCCUGAUGAUUCUGAAUCACCGCCUUUGGCCUCGGAACGUCCAAAGACGGCAAAUGAAGCUCAUAACUGGGAUGAAAACCUAGCUACUCUGAGUGAGGUUGCGGUUAAGGCUGAUCGAGGUGAUGUUCAGGUGAACAUACAGCAGCAAAGCAAGACUUCAAAGACUCCAAAGACCCCAACGAUGGAAGAUAGGGAGCCCGAAUUGGACGAAAUGUAA